AUGAAACGUUGGGAAAAUAAACUUGCUGUUGUAACUGGUGCCAGUUCUGGUAUUGGUGGACAAAUUAUACAAGAUUUGGCAAAAUGUAAAAUAAGAGUUGUUGCAUUAUCACGUCGUCUCGAAAAUAUGGAAGAUAUACGAAUUAAUUUACCAGAAGAACUUCGUAUUUAUUUAAUUCCAAUUAAAUGUGACAUUACCAAUGAACCAGAAGUACAAAAAAUUUUUGAUUUUAUUGGAAGACGACACGGUGGUAUUGAUAUUCUAAUUAAUUGUGCGGGAGCAUUUCGUGAAGGUAAUUUAUUAUCAUUGGAAGCGAAAUUAGUUAGAGAAACAAUUGAUACAAAUCUAAUGAGUGUUGUAUAUUGUACAAGAGAAGCUUUUAAAAGUAUGCAAGCACGUAAUAAUGUUGGUCAUGUAAUUUUAAUGAAUUGUUCUUGUGGUCAACAAGUACCGAAUAUAUCUAAAAAAUCAUUAAAUAUUUAUUGUCCAACAAAAUUUGCUUUGACUGCCAUCAAUAAUAUUUAUAAACAAGAAUUUCAACAUUUAGGGACAAGGGUUAAAAUAACGAACAUAAGUCCAGGACCGAUGAAUACUACAUUAAUGCCAGCAGAAUAUUCAAAGGAAAAUUCAUUAAUGCUUAAACCUGAAGAUGUUUCAAAUGCCGUAUUUUUUGCUUUGAGUACUCCACCAAAGGUUCAAAUAACUAAUUUGGUUGUAACUGCUUUUAAAACAACAGAAUCAACAGAAUAA